UCCUGUUAUGCUGAGAUUACUGUUUUGAAGAUUAUCGUGAACAUAACCUAAGGAACACGAUUCAAAGUGCAAUUACACUUAAGUUUUAUUUUAUUGCAAAAGAAACGAAAUGAAUGUGAUUUUAAUAAAUUAUUUAGUGAAAUAGAUAAUUUAUGAAAAAAUUUAUCACAAAUUGAAUAACAAAAAGCUGUUUAAAAAUUGCAUAGCUUUUUUCUAUUCCGAUAACAACAUAACCAAAUGACAGCUCUCAAGCACUAUCAUUAUAAUCGUGUGGGAAUGGGCAAUUGCUUGUGCAAAGAUACACCAGAAGAACUUGAAGUAUAUAAUGGACAGAAUCAUGCAGAGACUGAAAAUACCAUAUUACCAGAAUCAAGUGUAGGCACAGUUGCAUCUGGUGAUAUGAGCACUACAACUUUUAAAUUUCCAACUUCAGCAAACAUUGAUAAAUUAGUACUUGAAACUCUUGGAGUAAUUGGUUCUCUUGUUGAUAAUGAACAAGAACCACCACCUGCAAUGUUAAAAUUACACGCUAUUGCUGAUAAAGAAGAUGGAUGGAUACAAGUUGUGAGUUCUAUGGUUAAUGUCAUUCCUAUGCAUAAUCCAUUAGGUCCUUCAGUUAUCACACUUUUAUUGGAUGAUUGUCCAUUACCAUCAAAGGAAUUAGUUCUGCGGUUAUCACACAUGUUUCAAUUAUCUCAGAAACUUGGAAAUGUACAGACUAGUGCAACUCAACAACGUAACAUCUGUGUGGUAUUGGGUUGUAUAGCAGAAAAGUUGGCUGGCCCAAGUAGCAUUGCUAUAUUAUCCGAUGAAACAUUGGAUUAUCUUAUUUCAAACCUUGUGAGAAUAAAAUAACUAUAAAGAAACGUUUAACGGCAGAGAAGCCAAAUCCUUUAUUAGAAUUAGAAAAAUGGGCAACGGAAAAUCAUUAUGUACGCCGGCAAGUAGGUUUUUGUGCGCGAUGGUGUUUAGAUAAUUUACUUCUAAUGGAAGGUAGAAAGUAUUCCCAUGAUUCAGUUGAUAUGACUGGUAUUAAUGUAAUGUUAAACACAAAGGAUGUAAGCGAGUACCUGAAAAUAUCACCUAAUGGUUUGGAAGCUCGAUGUGAUGCAUAUUCAUUUGAAAGUGUAAGAUGUACAUUUCAAGUAGACUCAGGAAUCUGGUAUUAUGAAACACUUGUUAUAACUACAGGCGUAAUGCAAAUUGGAUGGGCUACAAAAGACAGCACGUUUUUGAAUCACGAAGGGUAUGGUAUUGGUGAUGAUGAAUAUUCUUUGGCCUAUGAUGGUUGUCGACGAUUAAUUUGGUAUAAUGCAAAAAGUGAAAAAUACCAUGAUAGACCAUGUUGGAAAGCUGGUGAUAUUUUGGGUUGUUUACUAGAUUUGAAUAAGCUAGAAAUAAUAUUCUCUAUAAAUGGUGUACCACUAAAACCAUGUGUUCAGGUUUUCAAAACAGUAAGGUCUGGAUUUUUCGCAGCAGCCAGUUUUAUGUCAUUCCAACAAUGUCUUUUUAAUUUUGGGAAUGUACCUUUUAAAUAUCCUCCUACCGAUCGCGAAUAUCAGAAAUUUAAUGAUUAUGCUACUUUAAAGCCUGAGGAUAAAGUUGUGCUUCCUAGACACAUAUAUCUAGAUCAGUUGAGGAAACUUAGUGUCAGAGAGGACUCAUGUACAUUGUGUUUUGACCAAAGAGCUUCAGUAAGAUUGCUCCCAUGCAAUCACAGAGGAUUCUGCCAAACGUGUUCGAAUCAGCUAGUAGAAUGUCCAAUGUGCAGAGCUACAAUCGAAGAAAUAGCUACUGAUAACACAUGACACCACACGAGCGUAUUGACAGUUUUUAAUACUCUUCCACUAUCUUUCCCAUAUUAUAUAAUUCUCAGGAAUUAUUGCGAGGUAAUCACAAUCACAACACACCAUGUGUAUCACAUACUGAAUAUGGUUAUAAUAUUUUAUACAUUUCUCUUCUUACAAUACAGUAUUUUAAAUCAAGAGAAGGACUAUAAAUCAAUCACAGAAAGCAAAAUUGCAUUUAAACGUAUCACACCUUUAAGAUAUAUCAUUCUGAAUGUUGCAUUCACAUGUAUAGAUAUAACAUACAAAUUAUUAUAUUAUAAAUUUAAAUUACAGACAAAUAUCAUCUUAUAUCUACCGGCUGUGCAAAUUAUUUUCUCUAGGUUUUAUCUAAGUACAUCUAAUUAGAUGUCUAAAGCAAAAUAGUGAGAUAAAAAUUUAAAUAUUUUUUUUACACUAUACACAUUCGAAAAAAAGCAGAUGACAUUUGCAAUUUAUAUCUGAAUUGCUAUGAAUGUUGUACAUUUCCAAUUUAGUGUUUGUGACUGGAUCACAAAUAUGUAGACACUAUUUUGUCUAUGAACUUGAAGUUCUUUUCCGUUAAAUUAUGAAAGUCUGUAUUACCUGUACUUGUCAAUAUUGACAAACAAAUAACUGAAUUUGCGCUGUAAAUGUAAGAUUAAUUAUAGAAAACUGUAAAAUAUUGAUACCUUGUAGUAUAUAUGGAAAGAACACACACAUACACAUAUUAUAUUCUUGUGAAGACAUAAAAUGUUAUCAUAUGUAUAACUUUGCAAAAUUUUUCUAUAAAUUCUGCUGAUUUUU